CUACGCACGUUAAUCGAAUUUGAUAAUAAUUUCGCAGUGCAUUAUUGCCUCGAACGAACACCGGCUCUGACUUUUCAGCCGACCAUUACCAAAUCUCAUACGUCCCAUUAUUGUUGGUCGCUACACCCCAAAUCACUCACCUCCACACAAUGAAGUUUGUAGUCGGACAUUGCUCCUCUCAUCUCCACACUAAACACCCUGAAUUUUGCUGAGUUGAUUCGUGCUCUCUCCUAUUGCAUAAGCCAUGCACAAAGAUCAGCUCCUCCUCCUUCUUCUUCUACUUCUACCUCGGUCUUUUAGUAUUGCCAUUGAAAAUAAUCAGUGCACCACCUCUUGUGGCGAGGUUGCCAACAUAAGCUUCCCGUUUCGGCUAAAGGGCGACCCGACGGUUUGCGGUGAUCCUAAUUAUGAGCUAGCCUGCAUAAAUAACCGCACCGUUCUCGAUUUGUACUCGGGCAAGUACUAUGUACGUUCCAUCGACUAUACCAACUACACGAUUUGGGUUGCUGAUGUCGGGCUACAAAAGGGUGAUUGCUCGUCCCUUCCUCUUCGCUCUUUGUCGUGCCAUAGCUUCUGGCUCCAUCCGAAUUCAUAUGAAUGCGGGGAUUACACGUUCUAUGGUCGAGAGUUAUCCAAGACCGUUUCGAUCGUGAACUGCUCAAAGGCUGUUGCUUCUCAAUUUUACAUUGACACUUUGUCGUGCCUUGAUGGGGUCAAAUUUUCGAAUUUUUCUAGUACAAGAAGGCGAUUAUACGCCAUGGUCGAUGCGAAUGUCUCGUAUGUGGAAACUGCAUGCACUAUAGAGCUUAUGGCAAUGAUACCUGGGUGGGUUGAUGGCGAUGAUCUUCGUUCCUAUGCCCAAAUCCAUGAACAGAUGGUUUAUGGAUUUGAGCUUUCAUGGCUUCCAAUUGUCGCUGAGAUGCAUUGCAAACAUCGUUAUUGGGACAUCAUCGGCAAGCACCAAAUUCGGUGUGGACCCAAAAGUAAGAACUUUUGAGUUUGUUCAGUUUUCUCAGAUAAAAAAAGAACUUUGUGAGGACAUAUCUGGUCAAAAACCUGUAAAAUUUCAUCGACACGUGAAAUUGAGCUCUAGUUAUCGGUAUAUCUUUUCAGAGCCCAUGUGAUUUGAAAAUGCCCAUUAAG